AUGACUAUCUUCUCAAAAGCAGGUAUUUUGGCUUACUUAAUGAUAGAGUUGACUAAUGUGAUAAAUUAGUAAAGUUCAGUCAUAAAUUCUUACUAUAUAAGAGAUCUGGCUAAUGAAAUCACAGAAUACGAGUUUAAUUAGGGCAAUUUUGAUGUGGCUGUUUCACUAACAUACAUAAAUGAUUACAAUCAAACUAUCAAUAAUGAGUUGCAUAAAUAUGCUUAUGUAACAGUUUCUUAACUUACAUUUGAUUUCAUUGUAAAGGAUGAUGGGUAACUCAUUUGGGAGCAAAAAGAAGAUGACUACGAACUAAUUAAGUGUCCUCCUGGUAGAUUUUUAGGUGAAUCUAAGAUAACUUAAACUUUAGGAAUAGAGAAUUAGUUUUUAUGUCCAAAAAACUUUACUCUGAAACUUUAGGGUAGUUUCUCAAGUCGUUCUGCUAAGUUUCUUAGAGUCAAAGUCAAUAAGUGCGAUUAAGCCAGACUCAUUUUGAGCAAUCCUAAUGAAAAAUGUGCAAACAAAACUGAAAUAGAUAGAAUAUUUGAAAACUUACAAAUAUUUGUUCCAAUAAUAAACUAGUAUUUUGAUGAUUCCGAUCACUCUGAAAAUCCUAUUAAAUCUACUAUAUACAAUACUUUCUUUACUACAUAUCCAAGUCUUUCUUAGAGUCUUGAUGAAAAUAUCAAGUAGACAAUAAGAUAAACUUACACUAUUUCAGAUGCUUUAUCAAACACUGGGGGAUUUAUGGAAAUAAUUCGUUUAUUUGCAAUUUUAUUGAUAGGAGGAAUCCAAUCAAGAUUGUACUACUUUUCAAUAAUCAAAGAUUUAUUAAUUCAUCAAGAAAAUGAUACCACCUAGAAUAAAAAUGUUAAAUUAGUAAAUUUAGAAGAUAAAGCAAUCGAUGCUAUGAACUAGGCUUAAAGAAUGGAAUCUAGAUAAUAAUCUUGUUUAAAUAUAACUUUAUAAAUUGGUCCUCAUAUUGGAUUUCCAAAAUAUCGUGCAAAGCCAAGAAUGUUAAAAGCAAUCUUAAGUAUUAAAUGUUCAAAUCAGAGUAAGUAAACUCAUGGCUUAGAUUUAUCUAAGCAAGUAUCAAAGAUAUCUCAUGCCUUACUUUAACGACAGACUUAUUUCUCUUAAGUCGAACUAGAAUGA